AGUGUAACUGUUGCUUUCCCGUUUACAGGGGCAACCGCGAAACCUAGAAGGGCUCCCAGAAACACGCAGAGCGCGAAAAUCUCAUAUACCGUGCGCAAUAUUCGAAUUAGUACUUGGAAGAGGAUUACGUCUUUUGAUUGUGUAAAUAAAUUAGUGGUGUUGGUGAAAGUUUUGGAUAUUUGUGUAGUGAAGAAGUGUUUUUAAAGGACUGUGUUAUUUGAGUUAGGAUGUUAUAUAUUCAUCUAUAUCAGCAACACAAUGUUUAUUUAAAGUAUCCUUGAAACACCGUUGAUACAAGUCUUAGUUGUCCAAGCACGUACACUCAUACACCGAACGAAGAACAAUAAAGUGACUUUAAUUAGGCUGACCAUGAUGGAACACCGAUAGAGCCGUUAGAUCGUGAUUAAAAACAUAACGAACUCCCAUUUUAUCAGGAGCGAAAGAUUGGGAUACAAAAAACUCCGUUGAGGAAUGCUUUCAUACCGUCAUGCAGAAGCAACGUCGAGAGUUAGGCCUGAAACGAUUUUGGUCAGCUGUAAAAUCUUCCAAUAGUAGUUCUGGUUCUCAGUGUGAUCCCUGUCCUGAAGACUCGCCCAAUGAAGAAACAAAACCUCCUCAUUGUUCAUUACCCUUGCUACAGGUUUGGCCCAGUUCAGAUUCACCACGGGGAGAAGCUGAUGGUCAGAGUUUUGUCUUUCCAGUAUGUGCAGAAGAUGCAUCAUCACAAAAUUCAACGUGUAUGGACAAUAUAUUACACAAUGACUCUGGGAUUGAUUCGGAUCAGGUAUCACCUUUACCCUCGACGGCCGGUACAUCUACAACUCCGCUACAAUCACCAACCCCCAGUCUUCGACGACCCAGUAGCUCUUUGCUUCACCCCGACCAUGCAAGACUUUUAAGACUUUAUCCAAUCAUAUCACCACCACACAGUUCUACUGAAGAUCUAUCAGAAAUUAAUACUAACGGUGGCAAUCCAGUAAUAUCACCGUCAUCAUCAACAACCUCUUCACUUACAUCAAUAGCAGCUGCAGUAGCAGCUAACAAUACGUCAAGAGCCAGUGAUAGUUCGGAUAGUAGACGAAGGUCAUCAACGAUGACAGCAAGGUAUUCAAUAUUUGAUGCACUGGACUUGGAAUAUGCUCUGCUAAGGGCUGCCGCCAGGGGAAGCGUAGGACCAUAUUCGUUAAGUGAAAGUUUACAUAAAUUAACAUUUACACAAAGUCUGGCAUUUCCGGCAUUAGCACGAGGUUUGGCUGGUAAAAGAAGACGAUCUCAGCAGAACCAUGCUAGACGGCCUUUAAACCCCAAUGAAAGUGGACUUAAUACUUUUGCGAAACUAGUGACAGCUCUGGUACUGGUUCUUGUUAGUGUUUUAGUUUUUGCAGUGGUUUAUAAAUUUGUAAGGACGUGAGGUUUACUUCUAGCUCCUAGUGGGGCUAGACAGGGCAGCUUUACUUUGAAGAAUUCUAGUGAUUCAAUUAAAAGUCUUACAGAAAUUACAUAAAUAAGAUAUAAAUGAAUAUAACAAGGAAGUUGCAUGUUCAUGAAUUAUCACUUUAACCAUUUGGCGAUGACCAAAACCAAUGCUAUCAAAAUAGAAACAGAUAAAUGGUAUUAAACAUUGUGUCUGUGAUGGUUGUUAUUUUAGAAGAUAGAAUAUAUUUUGCUAGAUUUUUGUUUUAAUACCAUUGUCUCUGAAAGGUUAAAGUUUUGCAUGAUAUAAAUUUUAACAAACUUGACAUAUAAUAAAACUCUAAUAUUUUUUAUAAUAUCAAAUCUCUGGUGAUCACGUCAUGUAUGUAAUUAAAUUGAAAUUUUUUUUCAUCUCUCUUUAAAUAUUUACCAGGGACAAAAGGGAUUGCACAUUUAUUCGUUAAAGUUUCCGGCAAACAUAUUUGAAUAGAUCUAUUUUAUUUAUACAGUGCAGAUGAAUGAAACGCUUGAAUUAUUAUUUCAGAAACUACCACUCUGUAGUUGCCUCGAUAAUUAUCAAAGACAAAAAUUUAUUACUCAGUACAUUUUUCAAUUUGUAGAUUACUAGAAUUAGUCUAGGCAAGAUCUGUUUUGGAUUGGACAUUUUCCAUAGGAAGCUAUUUUUUGCUGGAAUCCCUUCAGGAUGUGCCCAAUACCGAUAAUCACGAUAUGCGCCAGUCGCAAGCCCUGUGCUAUAUUUUUUAUUUAACAAAAUCUGAAAACAAUUGAAAAUUUCUCAUUUUUUUGCUACUAUUUUCGUUUAUAAUUCGGAAAAUAUUGAUCCUAGAGAAAAAAUUAUAAGAAAUUAAAAGUUACGUAAUUCAAUUUUACACAAUAUUUCGUUAGCUAUAAAUUGAAAAUUUAAUGCAUAUAAUUUAUUACAUAAUUUGCAUUAUAUUUUUGCAAUCCAGUCUACUGAAAAAAAAUCGCAAAUUUUCAAAUUUAUAGUAGGUCGUAAAUAAGGGCCUCAGAUAGUUUUUUUACAUAUAAAGAAAAGCUCAAACUUUCAAACUCUUUUUGUAAAAUUCAAAUCGGUUCACUAGGAGAGCCUAAAAAUUUUUUUUGAAAGUUUUAAACAUUUUUUAAGCUUAUAAACAAAUUGAAUAACUUUACGAGCUUUAAACAUAUCAAUUUCAAAAUUUACACACUUAAAAGACGCUUUUAAAAAAAAAGAUACAUUCGGCUUACUGGUUGCCGAGAUAUUGUCAAGUACUUUUUAUUUUUUACAUGAAAAGUUUUACGUAAUGCGCUUCAUGGCAACAUCCAUAAAAAAGACAAAUAAAAAAUUAUUUUCGCGUAAAAUGUUGCUCGGAAUGCAUGAGAGGUGGUGGUGGGGGACAUUUACUCGAAAUGUGAAUCAGCGAGAUCAAAAUCAUAGCGCGCGCUAAAAAUUGUAUUAUCUCGGCUUCUUAUUAACCAAUAUUGCGCUUUUUUUUUGGGUGGCUAUUGCCCAUGGACAACUUCGCGUUAUGAUGACAUCUUACAAACCACCUUACUGCCUUAUCUCGACGGCCGACGAGACGUCCUUUUUCAGCAAGACAACGCACGUCCCCAUAUUUCUCGUCAAACUAUGGACUUCCUCCAAGAAGAUGGCGUUAAUGUUUUGCUGUGGCCGCCCCGUGCUCCGAAUUUAAAUCUUUUCGAACAUGUAUGAGGUAUAAUGGAAAGGAAACUGCCCACUUUGCACCAUCUUACACAGUUAAUACAUGUAGCUCAAGUUGCUUGGAAUGAGGUGCCACAAGUAGAUAUUGAUCAUGUCAUUUUGUCAUUGCCUAGACGUACGAGUAUACAGGAGUGUAUUCAGCUACGGAGUCGCCAAACACAUUAUUAAUUUGUUUUUGAUUACUUGUUAAUUAUAAUGGACUGGCAGAACCAGAAACGAAGAAGUUUUUCGACGAAUCUAUCAUUCAACGAACAUUCAACGGACAUCAACGAACUCUAUUAAAUAUUAUUAAGAGGCGUAAAUUAGAAUAUCUUGGACAUAUAAUCAAAGGACCAAGAUAUGAGUUCCUUCGGCUAAUUCUCAACGGUAAAAUCGAAGAAAAGAAAUGGAUAGGACGGAAUAAACUCUCUUGGUUGAGGAAUUUGCGGCAGUGGACAGGUUUGACAGCGGACCAACUGCUACACGUAGCGCAAGACCGAGAUAAGUAUAACAAUAUUAUAAGCAUGGUAGUGGCCGACGUUCCGUAGGGAUAUGGUACUCUAAGAAGAAGAAGACUUGUUAAUAAACAUUCUUGACAACGUUGUUUUAUUCUUGAUGUAAAUCUACCAUGUUGCCAAAAAAUUAAGUUCAAGAAAUUAUUCCUUCUGGUUGUAACACUAAUGUCACUGAGUAUAUUUAUAUUGUGAUGUUUGUUUGACAAUAAAAUUAUUUUUGAUAGAGUCGAUUCAAGUUAUCCAUAUUACAAAAUGAUAAUUUUGCUAUUAUUCGAAUUAAUUCUUGGGCGGGGCUAAAAAACGGUUCCACACAUUUCUAUUUUGUAUAUAUUUUUCCCAUAAGAGAUUGGACAUUGUUUUUUUUUUAAUUGUUUGAAUAGCAAAUAGGGACUUUUGGUUAUGAACAUUCAUUCUGUAUCGUAUGGUAAUGUGCGAUUGGUUUUUGUUUUUUAAUAAUGUAUGUUAUUCACUUUACACACGUGUAUCUACAUUGUAUGGCGUGGUCAUUUUGGAUUAAAGAAAUUAAUCUUCGUAUGAGAAGAUGACGUUUGUAUUUUAUUUAAUCUUUCUUUCGAUUUAUAUGUUGGAGAAAUGUUUGUACAUAGGAAUAUUCUAAAAUAUAAUAUUCUACUUCUGUAACCUUUUGUAAAAUAAAAAUACUUCCAAUUUUAUUUAAUUUUGUAUCUAAAUAGCCACUUAUUAGAAAUAAAAUACCCAUAGAAAAAAAUAAUAUAAGUAGGUGGGGCGGAAAGUGUUCGGGAGGGUUGGUCCACCCCAGGUGUUACCCGUUCGGUGACACGCGAGAGACCCUAUCACAAAACAGUUUGUAACUUUACUUACUUUACAAUCAAAAUACAAUUCGAUAUUAUUUUGUGAGCAUAUAAAACAACAAUUUUUAAUUUUUUUUUCUGCUUCCACUAGCCGCUGGAAAGUGCUUAUUAAACACAGCAAAGCAUGUAUUAAACAACUUUCUACAAGGCGUUGUAGUGCUAAUUAUUCUGCAGUUAAUGUUCCUUUUUUCCCUGGCAGAACAUUUUGGUAGUAUCACACAUUAACAGACCGUGUGUUGUAAUGUGUUCUGUUAAUUUGGGGUGGUGUUGUUACCGCAAUUGAGGAAUUAUGUCAUCAAUAGGAAAAUUUCCGACUAUUCCGACACUGUUAGUGCCCAAGCAAACCCCCCCUAUAGAGAAAAAUUCUAGGUGCGCCACUGCGCCACUGCAGCAACCGAAUUACAACAAAAAUACAAGGAGGAUUUGGAAAUAAGUAAUUUACCCAAGAAUGUGUUCAUUUAAAGCAUUUGUUAAUGUCUCUCCCCAAUUGAAAAUAGAUACUCCUUUAGAAUUGUUACAGGUUUUGACCUGGACCUGACCAACAUUUGAACUUCUUAGCAGUUUAAUCCAUUAACGAGGACCUGCUAAAUAAAUUAAAUAGAAAUGAUAUAAUCGAAAACUUCGCUUCAGUAAAAGCAAGAAAACAAGCUUUUCAAUAGUAAGUUACCUGUUUGAAUGUUAUUAGGUACAUUUUAUAUUUUACCUUUUGAAGAUUGCCCUUAAUUUUUGUUCUUGUAUUUUGUUAAGUAUUCAUUUAAGAUUGAAACCAAAAAAAGUUGUUAUUGUUUUUCUUAAUUUAAUAAACUUAUAUUUAAAAUAUAUUUUGUUGAAUUGAAAUAAGGAUAAAAAAUAUUUUUGAGCCUGGUCACGGUAACUGUAUUAGCAUCGGGCGGCACACUGUAAUAAACCGGCACUAUUUAACAGGUAUUCUUGAUCGUUUUCCUUGCCGUAAUAGCGUGUGAGGGUUGGUAAAAGAGAGGUUAGAAAAUUUAAUGUCUUCCGCAAAGAUGACAGGUUGAGAUGUAGUACUCUUUCUUAGCCAAAGGGAGUGACAGUGAACCACGGCUCGCGUAGGCAGGCCGCGACCUCUAAGUAGACCAAACUUUCUCGGGAUGGUAAAAUGUAUCUACCCGCCAUUUUAAAAAAUUUUCUUAAUAUUUUCCGAUAUCAGAAAAUAUUAAUUUAUACUUUAAACUUUGAUGCAGCUUUAUGAAUGAAAGUGUAGCUAAAGGACAUAAACUAAAUAUGUGGCUAUUUAGUACAAUAGUUUUAAAAGUCAUUAAAAAUAUUUUCAGUUAAAUUCCUGCAAAAAUAUAUCAAAAAAUUGCUCAUUAUUUUUAAGUUACAAAUAGUCAACUGGUCGAUAACUUUUUUAUUAGGUAAUAACUGCAAUUGGUAAUAAAAUAUAUUAAUCGUAUUUAAAUUUGUAACAACUUACCUUCUUGUAUCAUAAAAUAUCAAAUGUACCAAAGCAGCUGCCUUAAAAAUAAUAAUAUUUAACAAAACUUUCUGCUUAAAAAACUUGCAAAUCAAGAUAUCUUUUUAUUAACUAUUGUUAAGAAAAUGUGUGGUUUUGGAAUUAAAUCUGAAAUUGUCAGUUGUUAUCAAUAAAAACUGCAUAAAUUU